CAAUCUCCAUCUGUCUCCACCUCAACCGUCUGACCGACCCGCCGACUCAUGAGUCUGAUUUAUUUGCCGGUGAAAAACACCAGAAAGGGCGAGCGGCGCGGAGCGGAGAGAGUGGCGAAGUGAAGGAGCUGCGCGGCCGCGUCUUUGCCUUGCGCCAUGUCGCCGAGUUUGCGCGCAGUCGCGGCUCUCUGAGCGACUCUUCUCACUGCUGGAUACUUGCUGCUGCUCCGGAGCGAACCGCCGCCGCCAGCAAAACUACUCGCCGUCUUCCCACCAACAUUCAUCGAGCGUCUCCGCAGUCCCGCACGCCGCCCCUGCGCCGUCAAGCUGCAGCAUCACCGAGGGAAGUCGAACCAGUGGCCUGAGCUGGGGGGAGCAGUGAGCGCCUGUAGCAUGAUGUCCUACCUCAAACAGUCCCCCUACGGCGUCAACGGCCUGGGGCUGAGCGGCGCGGCCAUGGACCUGCUGCACCCCUCCGUGGGCUACCCAGCCACACCGCGGAAGCAGCGGCGGGAGCGGACCACCUUCACCCGCUCUCAGCUCGACGUCCUGGAGGCUCUGUUCGCCAAGACGCGCUACCCGGACAUCUUCAUGAGGGAGGAGGUGGCGCUGAAGAUCAACCUGCCGGAGUCCAGAGUCCAGGUCUGGUUCAAGAACCGCCGGGCCAAGUGCCGCCAGCAGCAGCAGAGCGGCAGCAGCGCCAAGGCCCGGCCGCCCAAGAAGAAGUCGUCGCCGGCGCGGGAGAGCACGGGCUCAGAGAGCAGCGGGCAGUUCACGCCGCCCGCCGUCUCCAGCGCCGGCUCCUCGUCCUCCUCGUCCUCCUCCUCGGCCAACCACGCCGGCCCGGCCGCCGCCGCCGCCCUCAGCAGCACCUCUACCUCCAUCAGCACCGUCUCCUCCAUCUGGAGUCCGGCCAUCUCCCCCGGCAACGGGCCGGCCCCGGCCGUGGCGCCGCUGCCCGAGCCCGGGCCUCCGUCCAACGCCUCCUGCAUGCAGCGCUCCAUGGCCGGCUCGGCCGCCGCCGCCGCCACCUCCUACCCCAUGUCCUACAACCAGACGGCGGGCUACGGCCAGGGCUACCCGGCGCCCUCCGGCUCCUACUUCAGCAGCGUGGAUUGCAGCUCCUACCUGGCGCCCAUGCACUCCCACCACCACCCGCACCAGCUCAGCCCCAUGACGGCCUCCUCCAUGUCGGGCCACCCGCACCACCACAUCAGCCAGUCCUCGGGUCACCACCACCACCACCACCACCACCACCAGCCCUACGGCGGCUCCGGCCUGGCCUUCAACUCCUCCGACUGCCUGGAUUACAAAGAGCAGACGGCGGCCUCCUCGUGGAAGCUCAACUUCAACGCCACGGACUGCUUGGACUACAAAGACCAGGCCUCCUGGAGGUUCCAGGUCUUGUGAUCGUCUGCUGCUGCUGCUGCUGGCUCUUUUCUGCGCCCAGAUCAGCGCCGUCUCUUUCAGACAAAAGAGAGAUUACGGAGCAGAGGAGAACAAGAUCCUGUUUCUGAGGAGACCUUUUUCUGCUGGAUAAACUUUUUCCAACUUCUCCGGACGACGGGAGGAAUACGCCCCGCAGCCCGUGCCCCUCUGACCUCCAAUCACACCCUGUACAGUUUUUAUUUCCGAAAUUUGUUAUUUUAGGACAGAGAUUUUUAGUCAGCUGCGACCAGGAGCUGAAAUAUGUAAAUAUGUAUUUGGGUCAGUUACAGUGACCAUGAUUAGUUGGUGUUCUUUUCUGUUUAUUACCACUGUGGGAGGGAGAAAAAGGAAAAAAAAAACUUGUAUGUAAAUCUUUUCAAAUAUUCCAAAGAGAGAAAUUGGCCAUAACCUUCAGCUUUAUAUACCUUGUUUCAAAAUGUUUUGGCGAACUCAACUCAACUGUUGAAACAUGGCUCUUGCGACCCUGGAGCCUCCUCGCGGGACCGUCGAAGCACUUGACUCCAUCUCCCAGUCCAAAACCGCUUUGAUCAUUGUUCGGGGAGAGGAAGUGUGCAAAAAGUCACGUUCCAAAAAUGCCAGUGAGAUGUUGAAUGUAUCUUGGAGGCGAACCACCUUUACAUACUUGUCAUCCAAUAAAGAUCCGUUCAGUCAUAUUUACUCUCUUGGAUUCCACGAGCUUGUUUAUUGUCAAUUGCUGGUGCGUUCAGGCG